AUGGUCAAAGAGCUUCAAGACCGACUCGAACGAGCUGAGGCACGGCUUUCUCCCGUUCAGUCGCAUCAGCAACAGUUGCAUCCAAAUUAUGACGAGGUGCACUCUUGGGAAAGCAUGGCAUCUCUGUCGCCCUCUGUAUUGUUCCCGGUUGUCGCAGCGAACGGAUCACUCGCGCAACCGAAUCAACAGCCACAACCUCCUCAGACAACAGGAGCAGCAGCGCCAUCGUCGCUGCCAGCCGUAGACUAUGACGGCCCCUGUUUUGACCCUUCGGGCUUCCAGAAGCUUUUGUACGAGGUGCAAAACACUUCUGAAAACGGUAUGGAGCCCGAUAUGAUGGAACAACAGGGAUCACGGCAUACAACGGCUCAUACCCACGAACACAGCCAUCUACCCAGUAUCAAUGAGCUACGUUCCAUAGCUCUUGGACUCGGUGGUAACGCUAGCGCCGGCGGGAGGUCCUCGUCAUCCAGCAGCAACAGGAGUGGCAGCAACAGUACCACUAGCAAUGAAAAAUCCGACCCACCCACGGCGCUGCGGCCCGUUUCGGAGCUCCUUCUCAGCGUUGCUACCGCCCAAAUAGAGAUGGCAGCUCACGUUGGAGCCGUGACUGAGUAUCUGACUUGGUUAAUCAUGCUCCCAGACACGGGCCGACGAUCUAUAGAGCUGCUCAAGAUCCUCGAGGCGCGACUGCACGAGAUAAGGCAGACUUCUGACACCAAUAUGACACAGUCCUACCAGCGUCUUUGCUCGUCUCUUGAACACGUCGCUGAGUGGUACGGACCAUUACACAAGUUAGAACCAAUUAUACAGGAGAGAAAGCUGAAAACGAAGGCGUUUUUCGAUAAAGACUACAAGGUGUACUUGCCUCUAUCGGAGCAGCAAGCAGACAAGACUUAA